UAGCAAAAGGGAGGCGUGGCUAUCAGUUUCUCCGGUGUCACUCAGGGAAGGGAGGAGCUGGCACGGAAAACAAAAUGCUGCAUUUUACCAUUCCCACUGUGAAAAUCGGGUAAAUCACAUUAGAAUUUGUUUUAAAAUACUAACCUGGGACAUUUCCCAUGUUAGUGUGAUCCAUGCUUUUGAUAUCUCGGCCUGGGUUUGGCGAACGAUCUCGAGGAGCACCAAUGUCGUUAGAUAUAAUGGGAAUUCUGUGGUAGGAUGAGAACUCCGGUAUCACGCUUCAGGGACGUCGAGAGGCAGGCCAACAGCCUCCAGCCCGCUCAGUGUCUUCCACCCUGUCAUGAGCGCCCAAACAACAUGUGGUUCAUUAAAGAUGCCUGCGGCAUUGUUUGCGCAGUCAUCACCUGGUUCCUCGUCUUCUUUGCCGAAUUCGUCGUGCUGUUUGUCAUGCUUAUUCCAUCGAAGAACUUGAUCUACAGCAUGUUGAACGGUGCCCUGUUCAACAGCCUGGCAUUCCUUGCCCUGGCGUCUCAUUUCAGGGCCAUGUGCACAGACCCGGGAGCUGUGCCAAAGGGAAACGCCACUAAAGAGUACAUUGAGAGCUUACAGCUGAAACCAGGGCAGGUGGUGUACAAAUGUCCCAAGUGCUGCAGUAUUAAGCCAGAUAGAGCUCACCACUGCAGUGUCUGCAAGCGCUGUAUACGCAAGAUGGACCAUCAUUGUCCUUGGGUAAACAACUGUGUCGGGGAAAGUAACCAGAAGUACUUUGUGCUUUUCACAAUGUACAUUUGUCUCAUCUCCCUGCACGCCUUAGUCAUGGUGGUCCUUCAUUUUCUCUACUGCUUUGAAGAUGACUGGACAAAGUGCAGUAGCUUCUCCCCCCCGGCCACUGUCAUCCUCCUCAUCCUCCUGUGCUUUGAGGGCCUCCUCUUCCUCAUCUUCACCUCUGUGAUGUUUGGCACCCAAGUGCAUUCCAUCUGCACCGAUGAGACGGGCAUAGAGCAGUUGAAAAAGGAAGAGAGAAGAUGGGCUAAAAAAACAAAAUGGAUGAACAUGAAGGCGGUUUUCGGACACCCCUUCUCAAUAGCAUGGUUUAGCCCAUUUUCAACGCCCGACCACGGGAAAGCUGACCCCUACCAGUAUGUGGUCUGAGUUCAGGAAGCUUUAAGCUAGGAACUGGAUGGCACUUGGACCGCCCUCAUAAUCGAAAGCCUCUGCGUCUUUGUUUGUAAUCUAGACCUGAGCGGAGCAUUUACCCGAAUCACCAAAUUUAUUAUUCUAUUUUUAGGGGAACAAAUGGUUGCGCAUCCAAUCAUUUUUGCCUGCAUUCAUCUUUAUUUAAAAAGAAAAUUGAGGCUUUACAUUUAUCAUGUCGUAAACACGGCAUCUCUGCCUGGCUAUACUAAAAUGAAGAAGAAUGAUGGUGAAGAAAUUUAUGCUAAUAUAAUCACAAUUGAUGUAAUCCUUUAGAACUGUCAAAAGUUAUGACCUUCUCUUUGAAGUACUUGGAUACUUUCUUUGAAUUUUUUUCUCCCUACUUAUAACUUGCUGCCGUAACUAAUGUAAGAGCACUGACAACCGUUCACUAAAAUGAUGUAUGUGACCCUGGACCACAAAACUAGUCAUAAGUGUCAGUUUCAACAUUUUGAAAGCUGAAUAAAUGAGCUUUUCAUUGAUGUAUGGUCUGUUAGGAUAGGACAAUAUUUGUCAGAGACACAUCUAUUUUAAAAUCUAAGAGUGCAAAAAAAAUAUAUAUUGAGAAAAUCACCUUUAAAGUUGUCCAAAUGAAGUCCUUAACAACUGCAUUCUCUCACAAAAUAUAUUUACAGUAGGAAAUGUACAAAAUAUCUUUACUUAAUAUCCUAAUGAUUUUUGGCAUAAAAGAAAAAUCUAUAAUUUUGACCCAUACAAUUUUGGCUAUUGCUAUAUACGCUUGCGAUUUAGAAUUGGUUUUGUUAUCCAGGGUCACAUUGUGCUUACAGUUAAAAGAGAUGUUUAACAUAAAUCUCUUGGCUGUGCAGCAGAACAGUGUAAACAAUAAAGCAAGCUUAAUAGGGGUGUAAAUGUUUUUGCUGACAAUGCUUGGAUUCAAUUGUAAGUCUUUACACCAAUAUUGACUUGGUAAAAUAUGGUUAAGAUCUUGAUAAUAUAUACGGUUUUACUAGAUAAUGUUGAUUAAUAAUUUUUUUAAUGUUCUAUAAUGUCCACAUAAUGAUACACCAGUUUUUAUUUAAAGGGGACAUAUCAUAAAAAUCUGACUUUUUCCAUGUUUAAGUGCUAUAAUUGGGUCCCCCUUCUAUAAAUCUAGAAAAUCUGAAAAAGAACAACCCAGUACUUUUGGUAAACCAUUCUCUGUGCAAGCAUAUUAAAAAAUAGGUCAUUGAAAAUUGGCUCCCCUUGUGAUAUCAGAAGGGGAUAAUACCGCCCCUUAAUCUGCACUAUCCAACGUCACUGCCAUUUAGUGCAGAGAUCAGCUCAUUUGCAUUUUAAAGGACACACCCAAAACAACACAUUUUGCUUAAACACAUUUUCACCUACAAUGUGGCAAUUUUAACGUGCUAUAAUAAGUUAUCUAUAUGGUAUUUUGAGCUAAAACUUCACAUAUGUACUCUGGAGACGCCAAAGAUUUAUUUUACAUCUUAAAAAAGUCUUCUGAAAUGUCCCCUUUAAACAAGAAUUGCAUUUUGGAAAAUAUUUAAAUCUAUUAUUAAAUUGCGUAAUCAAUGCAUUAAAUUUUUACACCCCUAAAGCUUUACAGUAUAUUACACAUUUUACAAAAACGUGCUUUAAAUUAGUUUGGGCGCCUUUGCAACUAUACAAAUAAUUUUAUGGGGAACACAUUGCUAAAUGCAUUAGCUAACAUGUACUUACAAUAUAGUUUUUCAGCAUUUAUUAAUAUUUGUUAAUAUUAUUUAAUGACAAUUAAUAAUGUUAGAUCAUUGAGCAGUAACAGCGACAACUUUAAAUUAUAAAAAUGUAUUAGUAAAUGCUGAAAUUAACUAACAAUGAACAUACGGGUGAUUCUCACGAAAACUUGGUUUUAAAAAUGUCAAGCAUGAAAAUGUUAAAAUUGCUUAAAUUUACUUUUUUUCCCACCAGACAUUGAAAAACAAAGUCUGGAGUAAAUGGGAACAUUAAUUUAAAAACUUUUACUUAUCAUUUAACACUUUUUGUAACAUAAUUUAAAAAAUUAGUCCUAAAAAAUCUCAUUACCGCAACAGUCAGAAAACAUCAACACUGACAUAUUUUCAAAAUGACAUGACAAACCUGAAAGAACAUAAUUUGGAGAUUCUGCACAUUUAAAAUCAAAGUAUUAUGCUUCUAUUAAUUAAAUUAACAUUUAAUAAGCAUCUGUUGCGGUAAUGAUAAUCAAAAUGUGUAAGCAUUCUGACAAGACAAUAUUUCAAAUUAACUGUAAAAAAAUGAUCUUACCUGAUAGCCAUCUUGAAGUAACUGGUCCAUGUGCUUGGUCACUCAAAAUCAAACUUUAUUAAAAUUCUGUAUGUGUGCUUAAACUGUUCUCAAAAAGUGUUGCAGAGGAUGAGAACAUCAGGCAUGGACACAUCAUUUUCCUAAUUGUUCUUCAUUAUUAUUAUAAUACAUGAAUAUUCAGUAAAUAUUUUUUCUGUCAUCUAAAGUAGUCUAGCAAAACAUCCAUUUAUUUGUUUUCUUAAUAUUUUUGUGUUAAUUUGAUUAAAUUACAACAUAACGCAUGUUCAAACACAGCCGGACACAUUGCGGUAAUGAGAAUUUCAGCAGAAAAUGAGAUAAAAUUUACAAUUAUAAAUUCUUAUGUUGAAAUCACACAUUGUGCAAGGAAGAACACAGUAUUGUGUUAAUUCUGAUGCUUUUUAAUGUUACUAUAUUACACAUUUUAAAGCUAAAAUCAUUAGUGUCGUGGUGUUUCAAUGGUUUCGUGAGAAUCACCCAUACAGCAUUUUUUAAUCUUAGUUCAUGUUAGCUAUUGCAUUAACUAAUGGUAACAAAUACAACCUUACUGUAAAGUGUUAACAUUUUAUGUGAUAACUUAAAAAUGGCUGUCAAUUUAAAAAAAAAUGUUUAUGAUACUGUUUUUUGUAUGUUUAGGGUUUGUUUACUUUUUUUUAGUACACUUGGUUUUGAAGGAAUGAUGGGAAAGUUUGGGAAUGUAGGAAUUUGACUUUAAUAUAUAACUACAUCUACAUACAGUAUACAAACAUAUGUAAUAUAUUAUCUGGCUUAGUACAUGACAGAUAUAAAGUGUUUUUGGAAUGCCGUUCCAAACCAUUGUUGCCAUUGUUUGGGUUGGUUUCAUGUUUUCCAUUUUAUUAAUGUAAAUAUUUAUAUGAAUGUAAGAAAUGUGCUUUACUUUUUUGUGUGUGUGCAUGGGUGUGUGUGAAAAAGACAAUCAUUCUUUCUUUUGACAAAGGGUGAAUUAAAAACGUGAAAAGCCUUGGGUGUUGAA